AUGGGGUGCUGGCAGCAGCUUUGCUGCGCGCGCGUCCUCAGAGUCAAGGCCAAGGUGCUGAGACGGCCCUGGCGGGACCGGGCGCUGCCUGAGAAGCGUAACCGCUUCCUUCCAGUGGAUGAGGUCAAGGAGGAGGGUGCCAUCAGCCGGGUCUAUGACACAGAGAUGACGGUGCUGGUCACUGACCUCAAGGGCUUUACCUCCACCACGAAGAAGCACGGCAUAAUCCACUUUGCGAGCAUCAUCAUUCGGAAGAGGCAGCUGUGCCUUCCCAUUCUGCACAGAUACAAGGCUGCGCACAUAACCACAGAGGCGGACAACCUCAUCGUGGCCUUUCCUAGCGCCUGCGAUGCCGCCCAUGCGGCGCUCGAGCUGCGGGCGGCCAUUCAGAAGACCAAUGCCACGCUGGAGGAGGCGAAGGCGCACUUUGCCAUCCAGCUGAACGGCGUUGGCAUCCAUUGCGGCGUGGGCCUGAUGCAAAGCGCCGAGGGCGAGUUGCUGGGCGAGGUGGCGCGGGGGGCCUAUGUCCUGGGCGAGGACCUCUGCAAAGGCAGCGAGAUUCUGGUGUCGGAGGCGGUGCGCCUCAAGCUGCAGGAGGACCCAUUCUUUGCCUCUGCCUCCUUCAAUAGCCGUGAGGACCAAGAAACCGGAGCCAUCGAUUUCAGCUACUUCGAGCUGGGGGGCGACUGGAAGGAUCUCCAGGUGGAUCUGGCGUCCACUGAGGACCAGAGCUUUUUGCAUCCGUCGCUGCUGCCCCUGGCCCAAAGACAUGGCAAGUCUGGGGUGGAGCUGAUGAUGUUGGACGAGGCGAUCCACAAACAUUUGCGGCCUCAAACCGUGCUGAUGUUCAGCAUCGAUUCACAGAAUGGCUCCCAGGAUGAGGCUGCGAUCAUGCAGAUGAACAAGUCCAGGGCCGCUCUGCGCCCAAUUCUGGAGCAGCACGGCGGCCGGGCUCUGGAGGCGGAGCUUUUUGUCUUCGACCAGGCUUCUCAGGCAGUGUCCGCCGCGCUGGCGGCUAGAGCCUUUGGAUGA